UCCACUCCAUGUGUUCAGACAGGAGGUCUGCAGCUUUUCUCUCUGCACAGCAAUGUCUCUAAUAUCUGUCAGCAGAGGCCUUUCCACACGUCUGAAUCCUCUCCUCCACAGCUGCAAACGAGGAUUUGGCACUGGAGCAGCGUCCUUUACCUCAGUGGACUUAAAAGGUCGCAGUUUUCUCACGCUUAAAGAUUUUAACUCGGAUGAGAUCAAGAGGCUGUUAUGGGUGUCGGGGGAGCUCAAGCAUCGAAUAAAGCACGAAAAACAGUAUCUGCCUCUUCUGCAAGGAAAGUCGAUUGGGAUGAUAUUUGAGAAGAGGAGCACCAGAACAAGAAUGUCCACAGAAACAGGUUUUGCUUUAUUGGGAGGACACCCCUGCUUUCUAACGUCGCAGGACAUCCACCUGGGAGUGAAUGAGAGCUGCACCGACACAGCAAGGGUUCUGUCGGGUCUCUGUGAUAUUGUUUUGGCCCGAGUGUACAGCCACUCGACCCUGGAAGAGCUGGACAAGGAGGCUUCCAUUCCUAUCAUCAACGGCCUCUCUGAUCUGUAUCACCCAAUCCAGAUCCUGGCAGACUUCCUGACCUUACAGGAGCAUUACGGAUCUCUGAGCGGACUAACGGUGAGCUGGAUCGGAGAUGGGAACAAUAUCCUUCACUCGUUCAUGAUGACUGCAGCCAAACUGGGCGUUCAUCUUAAAGUUGCUACACCGAAGGGCUAUGAGCCUGAAAAGAGUGUCAUUGAGGAGGCACAGAAGCUGUCUAAACAGCAUGGGACCCAACUAGUUCUGACCUCCGACCCAAUGGAGGCAGCUCAUGGCACCAACGUACUCGUUACUGACACUUGGGUCAGCAUGGGUCAGGAGGAGGAGAAGAAGAAGAGGCACAAAGACUUCCAUGGAUACCAGAUUACGAUGCAGACUGGAAGCGUGGCCAAACCAGACUGGACCUUCUUGCACUGCCUCCCCCGGAAGUCGGAGGAGGUGGAUGACCAGGUUUUCUACUCGUCCCGCUCCCUCGUCUUUACUGAAGCUGAAAACAGGAAGUGGACCAUCAUGGGCCUGAUAGUGUCUCUUCUGACUGACUACACUCCACAGAGCUCCAUGCCGAAGUUCUAACCCCAGGUCGUAACAUUUAACAUCAGAACCACUGAUAAUUACCUCAGCACCAAAGGAAAUGUGUUUAAAUGGUUUAGCUUUAACAGUUUAUGUGCUGUUUUUUAUUUAUGCUUGUCUAAAAAUGGUAAAAGAGGCCAACAAUAAAUUUAAAAGCAUAUUACCCUAGAAGCUUUUUAAAGCAACAUUUAAAUAUGUAUAAGAGAAAUCUUUUCAGACUAAGUUAACCAAUCACAGGUGUGUUGGUCUUAAUUGAAAACACACAUAAGUUACAUUAAAAGAACUGCUGUUUUGUAAAAUUAAUAACAAGAUUAUCUAAUUAAAAUUGUUUGCUGCUGUUU